AUGAUCGCCGCCGCCGCCGCCGCCACCGCCGCCGCUCCGACAAUGAAGCACUUUUUGGGCACCGAAGUCGCGCAGGACAUCUAUCGUUGUCGAGUGUGUCCCAACGAGUACAAUAUUCGAAGUGAGCCUUUUUCUCAGCAAAUUUAAGUAAUUUUACGCAGGGUUUUAUUUAGCUUGAACACUGAGAAAAGCUUAUGUUUUCAGAAAACGCUGAAAGAAAGCUUUCGAGAACCACAAAUAAUUCUAAAUUUUAAACUAAGCUAAAUUUAGCAAUUUUCAGCUAAAUUCAGCUUGAAAACCAUAACUUUUUGCUGCACAAUUUUGACGCCAGAAAUGUGAACAAUGCAAAUGUGCUCAAUUGCGAACAUUUUUUGAAUGAGAAAAACGCGCGAAAAGCUUGGCUAAUUUAGCUAAUUUUCGCAGAAAUUUACAAGUUUUUAUGUAAAAAUUAUGUUUUUCCGCUCAGAAAAUGUAGUUUCUAUGCAUUAUUAUCGGGAAAAUCAAAUAUAUCACUGCAUUUUCACGAAAUUUUCGUUUGUUUCCUUCCAACUUCAUUUUUAGACGGUUGGAGCUCGCUGCGAAGACAUUUCAAGAAAAACCACUCGAUCGAUUAUCAAAACAUUCUCGAUCAGGAUAUCAGACCUGUUUUCCGUCGCAAUAAUUCCGAUUAUAACGGUAAAAAAGGUUAUUUUUACUUUCUACUCGACAAAAUUCGCGUUUUGUUGAAAGUUGCAAGUGCGUUCACCCGAUUUCAGCUGUCUUUUUUGUACUUGGCAAAAACUUACAUCUCUGUCGAAAGGGCUCCGUUCGAAACCAUUGCUCGGUGCUCAAAUUCAUCCGAUUGAUUCGUAA